AUGCGCACCAUCAGUGUAAUAUAUGGACCACUGCUCGCUCCAAAAGCACGGUCGAUUUCUCACAUAUUCCCUCAUUCCCUGCCCGCGCCGGCUCCUGGAGCAGGAAUGUGGCCCUCUUUUGUCCUCCUUGCCUCUCUGCCGGGCCUCGCCUCGGCAGUCAAAGACAGCUACAACGGCCAAUAUGCUGACAACUGUCCAAGUUUGUGCGCUGAUGCCGGUCCCAAUCCGGCCAACUGGACCAACAUCCACCACCUUCGCGAUCUCAAGAGGAGCGAUCAUACCGUCCUUUGUGAUUUCAAUCUCCAAAACUCUGUUGCCGAUCCAAACACCAUCCUCACCAUCGGUGCCUGCGUGACCAGCCAAGGCCAGACGUAUGAGGCUGCCGCCUCCCCCGAUGUGCGUCAGCAACAAAGCCAACAAAACCUCGUUGUUGCGAAAAGCUGCGGCGCCAAGGCAGUGAAAACGGCUUUCAUUCCCCAAGUUGGCUCUUCAACGUCUAGCAAGGAGCCCGGCGCUGCUCUGCAGCCUGCUCAUGUGGCUGAGGCUACUCGUCAACUUGCCCUGUUUGUAGACAGGAGCGCCGAGUGCGGCGCCACCAUCUUGUUUGCCAAACACAAGUCUGCCGUCGUGGGCUUGUAUUCUGGUGCACAAGUCACCAAGCAUGCUGCACGAUGCUUUCUCGAUGCUUUUGCGGAGAAGCAAGCUUCUAGCCUGCAGAUUUGCCAACCUGCUGGUGCGGCCCUGACUGUUGGAGUGGUUUCUGCUGGUUUUGUUGAUCUCCCAGAGGUUCAAGAUGCCGUCAAAAGCUGGAACAAUGGUCUUUGUCUUGAUGGAACCAUUCCCACCGCCACCCUCAGCAUGGAUGUGCUUGUGUCUACAGUGGAUAAGAGUUUCAACACUAUCGCCAAUGUUAGUACCAUCUCCCAUGGCAACAUAACCACCAGGGAAGAACCACGAGCCCUUUCGCCAAGAGGAGAGUGCAGAACAGUGGAGGUCCAUGGGGGGGACAGUUGCGCGUCGCUGGCCAGCCGCUGCGGCAUCCCUGGAAAUGAUCUGGCUAAGUACAACCCGCAAAAGAACUUGUGCUCAACCCUGAAGCCCAAACAGCACGUUUGUUGCAAUGCAGGUACUUUGCCAGACUUUCGCCCUCAGCCGCAACCCGACGGCACCUGCAACACAUAUAAAGUCAACAGCGGCGAUGGAUGCUUCGACGUGGCAGAAGCGCACUACCUGCAAGUGCAAGACAUUGAGAACUUCAACAAAAAGACCUGGGGCUGGGCCGGCUGUGCGCAUCUGCAGAGUGGCCAAUUGAUAUGCCUGAGCAAGGGUAUGCCUCCUAUGCCCGCCCCGAUCCAAGGAGUUACCUGCGGUCCACAGGUACCGGGUACCAAGAAGCCCUCAGAUGGAACUGCGCUAGCUGAUCUUAAUCCAUGCCCUCUUAAUGCAUGCUGUGACGUCUGGGGAUUUUGCGGAACAACACCUGAGUUCUGUACCGAGUCACCAGCGGAUACUGGCGCUCCCGGUACCGCAAAGCCGGGAACCAACGGUUGUAUCUCCAACUGUGGCAUAGAUAUCGUUAAUAAUGACAAAGCACCUGACCAGUUAAAGACCAUUGGCUAUUUCGAGGCGUUUGGCCGGAAAAGGGUGUGCCUGCGAAUGAGCGUCACUGAGAUCCCAGCCAACAAAUACUCGCACAUCCAUUUUGCAUUUGCCACAAUCACGUCCAGCUUUGACGUGGAUAUCUCAGACGUCCAAGACCAAUUCCGCAAAUUCGUGAAGAUGAGCGGCUUUAAAAAGAUUCUCUCCUUUGGUGGAUGGACGUUUUCCACAGAGCCGGGCACGUUCCAGCGCUUCAGAGAUGCCACCAAGCAGGAGCAUCGCGCUACAUUUGUCAAUAACCUGGUGAACUUCAUGAGUGGCCAAAACCUGGAUGGUCUGGACUUUGACUGGGAGUACCCUGGUGCACCUGAUAUUCCGGACAUCACACCUGGAAGUCCUGAAGAGGGAAAUAAUUAUCUUGCUUUCUUGCAGCUGCUCCGAAGCAAGUUGCCUAGCGGGAAAUCCAUUUCCAUUGCGCUGCCGGCUUCUUACUGGUACUUGAAGCAGUAUCCAGUCAAGAGUAUUGCAAAAUAUGUGGAUUACUUCAUUUACAUGACGUAUGACUUGCACGGCCAAUGGGAUGUCGACAACAAAUGGGCCAUUCCCGGCUGCGAAACCGGAAACUGUCUUCGAUCACACAUCAACAAGACUGAGACGCAUGAUGCGAUGGCCAUGGUCACUAAAGCUGGAGUGGAAGCCCGGCAGCUAGUCAUUGGCGUCACUAGUUACGGAAGAAGUUUCCGCAUGAAUGACCCGUCUUGCUCGGGUCCCUUUUGCACCUUUGCAGGAGAUAAAAAUCAUUCCAUGGCCUAUUUCGGACCCUGUACGGAAACUCGUGGCUACAUCGCCAACGCCGAGCUCAAUGACAUAAUCAGGGUCCACGGCAGCUAUUCCAUCGUCAAGUCGUACAUUGACAAGGAUUCCGACUCAAAUAUUCUCGUAUACGGUAGACCCGGUGAGGUGGAUUGGGUGGCCUACAUGGACGGCGAUACCAAAGCCAACAGAAUCAAGUGGAUCAAGGGUCUCAACUUUGGCGGUUCUACCGACUGGGCCAUUGACCUCGAAAAUUACUCCAACAAUGAGGACGGCGAUGACAGCGACGAUGGCGAUGGUUCUGAUGAUCAAGCCGGGGACGACGAUCUCACAUGCCCCCCCGACAAGAACCCGGGGACCCUGGAGCGUCUCGCCGAUAAAGCCGGCUCUCUGUACUCAGGUUGUGUUAACCUCUUUGCGAUGGACAUUCUAUACUCGCAGCUCGUCGACAAUUUGUCUCUGUUCCAAAGCAACUCGGAAGGAUAUGACGACAAGUUCGGCUGGUAUGCGAAGUGGACCAAGGAGCAGAUCCAACCGCGCAUUGACGGUUUCAUGGAGCUCGGCGAUGGUAAAGGCCUCAAGUACUUUGACUGCUACUGGGCAUAUCCCGGUGACGAUGAAACGAAAGAUUCCUGCGUCGACAUGCCGCGCAUCUGGGAGGCGGAUAGGGGAUGGAGCAUCCGCUACGAUCUUGUCGACAAGAAGGGCUUCUUUGACGCGCUCGCGGCCGAGGUGGGCAUCGACGAGUCGUGGGUGAGGUUCGGCGAUCAAUCUAGCACAUACACGUGUGAGCCUCAGAAUCCUGGCGGCAUACCUACCCGACCAGGCGGUGGUAAUUUGCCCUGCCAUAAGCUCUUCCAUACAAAGCUGAAUUACCCUCAAAAGGCCGCCGAUGACGAUAUCCACGUCGGCAACCCUAAGAAGCUCAUCGAAGCAUCCAUGGGAAAUAUCACAAUUCUGAGAGACUCACUCCUCGCAUCGUACCUCAGCGUGGCCCUAUCGUUCUACGACGACGGACCAAACGAUACCUCACCCACCGAUGCAGUAGUCGCCUACUCCAUGCCCAUACUGCAACUUACCGAAGCCAUCAGUAGCAUGAAGGACAUUAAAGAAAUCGGCGAAAAGGCCAAGGAACAAGCAAAGAAAGACCUGAUCUUCAAGAUCCUCACUGUCAUCUUCAUGGUCAUCCCGUUUGUCGGCUCGGCCCUCGGCCCCCUGAUCGGCAGCACAGCAGCGAUCGCUCGCAUUGCGCUUCUCAUUGGCGAAGGGGGCAGCGUGGCACUAACGGUAGCGGAAAUCAUUCAAGUUCCGGCGUCUGCACCGUUUGCGAUACUGGGUUUGAUAGCGGGAGUUGGCGGCGGGACAAGCAAGCUGACCAAGGCGGAGGCGAUGGUUGAGGCUUCCAAGGCGCGGAGUUUGUUGAAAAGCAGCGAUUUGGCCAAGUUCCCCAAGAGGUUUAGGGAAAGGGAUGCUUUGGUGCAGAAGGUCGUGAAGAGUUUGUGUGCGAGGAAGUAG